AUGGCAACAAGCGGUCCAGUAGACUUCUCUAAUCAUAUUAAUCGUCGAGAUGUGGUGGUGAUAUUUGUAGACAUGGAUCCUUCUAUUUUUCUCACGGAUAUCGCACUUCCACAACCCCUUGCUUCUCCAAGGCGUCAGGGCGGUGGUGUGAAUAGUACCAUGAAUAGUACUCUUCUUAAUGAUAGUGCUAGUGAGAUAUCGGAAACUUCAAAAAUAGGAACGAAAGGCAGUAGAUUUACAACUCCACAAACGAGAAAUGAUGUCAUUUGGCAGGCUUUAUAUGCCUUUGUUAUUCAAAAGUUACGUUCCUCACCUAAUACGACGGUCUCACCAUGGAUUUCUAUUUACGCCGUAUACAAUGAUGUGAUUCAGUUGUUAGAACCCACCUGUGGUAAUUUUAAGGCUAUUGAAACUGUUAUUAAAAGACAAAUGGAAAAUGUGGAGAAGAACAUUAUGCAGGGAAAUAAUAAAUCCUUGGGUCCAUUUCCUUUCAACGCCGUCUCUCAUGCUCUUCAACAAAUAGAAGAAUUAUUCAAUACGUUUGAUAAACAACGACGACGACGUGGUAGUUCUAAUAGUAAUAGUAAUACUGGUGGGGAUACAUCAAGAAGAGGAAGUAACUCGGGUGUGGUAGAAUCAUUCCAUAAUAUUGGUUUAAAGCCAGAAAGUAAAAAACCCCGCACACUUACGGUCAUUCAAGGUAUUCUGCUGCUUAAUCGCGAUAGUGCCCCAUGCAACCUUCGAACUUUCUCUAAUUAUAAUAAUUAUAAUAAUAAUAAUAUAGUAGUAGAUUCUAAAGCAUUGGGGAAUGGCUCUAUUCCACUUUGUCAUCUUGAUAUCAUUCCCGUAAGUGGUGCUAUUCUACCGCAAUUGCCGUCUUCACGUUUGACCACAGAUCGUGUGAAUCCCGCUUCUCGCAGAAGCUCUACUACUACUAAUACUACUAAUACAACAACAACAACUACUAUUCCAGAUAGUUUAAAAAUAGAUUGCUCCUGUAGUUUGGUGGAACUUCGGGAAUUUACAGGAAUUAGUCAUCCUGGUCUGGCGAUUGGGUGUGCCCUCACAAAGUUGCUGCAACCACACAUACUGCGAGGAGAAGAUUUCUUCUAUCGACCUAUUCAUAGAGUGACUCUCUCCAUUCCUGCGAAGACAGCAAGACAACAAGUAAACGUGAAACCUUCAUCAUCAUCAGUAGUAGUACAACAACAACCACAACAACAACAAGUAACUGCAAAACCUUCAUCAUUAGUUUCACCUUCAUCAGUUGUACAACCACCAUCACAACAACAACCACGUCCACCGCAACAACCAUCACUUAAACCUAAAAUGCCAUUGCCAGAGGGUGAAUACCAGCGAGAAGGAGGUCCCUUUAUAUCGGAAAAAACAAAGACGGGAAUUCUAAAUGGACAACCUGUACAGCAGGAUAGAAGAACAGAAAGUUCAAAGUCAUCUUACAUGGGACCCAUAUCGACAACAGGAGGAACAUCAUCAACAACGAGAAGAACAGUAACAGAAGUAAUACACGAUGGGAAAGUGAAAAAACCAUCAUCGCCGCAUCGGCGCUCCUCUCAUGAUAACUAUAGUAGUGGUAAUGUUAAUGUCAAUGUUGAUUACACCACUCAACAACCAAUCUACUCAGGUGCAGUUGUCGGUCGCGGUCAAGUUCAACUUCAACCAACACUAUACCCAUCGCAGACCAACACUCGCGAUGACAAUGUUAGGCGACAAGAGAGGCCGCCCAGAAGUCAAGGUGGAAGAAAUAAUUAUCCCUAA